AUGAGAAACAUCUUCAAGAGGACCCAGGAGCCCAUUGUGGCUCCUGCCACCGCCACCACGGCCACCAUGUCGAUGCCUGUCAGACCUGCGGACAACUCCACGGAGAGUACGGGCACUGGGGAGAGCCAAGAAGACAUGUUCGCCAAGCUGAAGGAGAAAUUCUUCAACGAGAUCAACAAGAUCCCCCUGCCGCCCUGGGCUCUGAUCGCCAUGGCCGUGGUCGCUGGCCUCCUACUGCUCACCUGCUGCUUCUGCAUCUGUAAGAAGUGCUGCUGUAAGAAGAAGAAGAACAAGAAGGAGAAGGGCAAAGGCAUGAAGAACGCCAUGAACAUGAAGGACAUGAAGGGGGGCCAGGAUGACGACGAUGCAGAGACAGGCCUGACCGAAGGAGAAGGUGAAGGCGAGGAGGAGAAGGAGCCAGAGAACCUGGGCAAAUUGCAGUUUUCUCUGGACUAUGAUUUCCAAGCCAACCAGCUCACCGUGGGUGUCCUGCAAGCUGCUGAACUCCCUGCCCUGGACAUGGGUGGCACUUCAGACCCGUAUGUCAAAGUCUUCCUCCUCCCAGACAAGAAGAAGAAAUAUGAGACCAAGGUGCACCGGAAGACACUGAACCCCGCCUUCAACGAGACCUUCACUUUCAAGGUGCCAUACCAGGAGUUAGGAGGCAAGACCCUGGUGAUGGCCAUCUAUGACUUUGAUCGCUUCUCUAAGCAUGACAUUAUUGGAGAGGUGAAGGUGCCUAUGAACACCGUGGACCUUGGCCAGCCCAUCGAGGAGUGGAGGGACCUACAAGGCGGGGAGAAGGAAGAGCCAGAGAAGCUGGGUGACAUCUGUACCUCCUUGCGCUACGUGCCCACUGCUGGGAAGCUCACUGUCUGUAUCCUGGAGGCCAAGAACCUUAAGAAGAUGGACGUGGGGGGCCUUUCAGACCCCUACGUGAAGAUCCACCUGAUGCAGAACGGCAAGAGGCUCAAGAAGAAGAAGACGACCGUGAAGAAGAAGACCCUGAACCCCUACUUCAACGAGUCCUUCAGCUUCGAGAUCCCCUUUGAGCAGAUUCAGAAAGUCCAGGUGGUUGUCACUGUGCUGGACUAUGACAAGCUGGGCAAGAACGAAGCCAUCGGCAAGAUCUUCGUGGGCAGCAACGCCACAGGCACCGAGCUGCGGCACUGGUCUGACAUGCUGGCCAACCCCCGGAGGCCCAUCGCCCAGUGGCACUCUCUAAAGCCAGAGGAGGAGGUGGACGCACUCCUGGGCAAGAACAAGUAG